UCGAACCGGAAAAGGACAACGACUUCUUUUUUAGCUGCAAAACGUUUUCAUCGAUAACACCAGUUUAAAUCGAUCCGGUUUGCUUUGCGGUAAACCCGUCGUUAGAGCCAGUUUACCACGUAUUUUUUAAACGUAUUUGCUGUCUAGUUACAUUAAAAUGAGCGACACCGAGAAAGAUUUCAGGGAGCAGGACUCGCGGCCUGGCUCGAGGAGCGCAUCCCCUCGGGGCUCGGUGAAAUCCACCAGCCGCUCACCAGCACGCUCCAAAGAUGGCUCCCGCCGUUCCAGGUCCAGAUCUCGUUCUCGAUCCAGGUCCAAAUCCAAAUCCAGGUCCCGUUCCCAUCGAAGCUCACGCAGGCACUACUCACGCUCCCGUUCCCGCUCCCACCGACGCCGCUCCAGGAGCCGAUCUCGUAGCUGGGAGUACCGCCGGCGUAGGAGCCACAGCCGUUCCCCCAUGUCGAACCGCCGCAGACACAUUGGUAACAGGGCCAACCCAGACCCCAACACCUGCCUGGGUGUGUUUGGUCUGAGUCUGUACACCACUGAGAGGGAUCUGAGGGAGGUCUUCUCUAAAUACGGCCCUUUGAGUGACGUCAACAUAGUGUAUGACCAGCAGUCGCGCCGCUCAAGAGGCUUUGCUUUUGUCUACUUUGAAAACUAUGAGGACUCCAAGGAGGCCAAGGAGCGUGCUAACGGAAUGGAGCUGGAUGGACGCAGGAUUCGAGUGGAUUUCUCUAUUACCAAACGAGCCCACACCCCGACUCCUGGAAUCUACAUGGGACGACCCACAUAUGGCGGCGGUUCAUCGCGGCGUGUCUCGAGGGACUACGACAGGGGCUACGACAGAGGUUACGAAAGAGGUUACGAUCGCGAUUAUGAUCGCUAUGAGGACCGAGAGUACCGAUCAUACAGACGCAGAUCUCCAUCUCCUUACUACAGCAGAGGGUACCGCUCUCGAUCCCGAUCACGGUCAUACUCGCCACGUCACUACUGAGCAGCAAAAAGAGUCGACGACAGAUUCAGUGUUAUUGUUUGGAUGCUUGUUUCUUUUUAUGUUUUCACCAGAUUAUUAUACAAUCAGAAAGCGGUCCACAUGCAUACCUCCUCCAAGGUCUCACAAUUCUUUAAAUUUGCUUUAAUGGAAUAAAUAUUGUUUACGCAGAUUUUUUUUGAAACGGCAUGAUUAAAACUUUAGCGGCGAGUUAAUCGUCACUAAAUUUGUAGGAGAAAAAAAUCAUGAUAAUUGUUUCGGUGGAGAUUGACAAUUCUCCUGAUCUGUAUCUAGAACUGAUGACUUCUCCAUUGGCUCGAGCCCUAACUUUUCACCUCGCUUAAUUGAAAUCUGUGAAGUAGUUUUUUUGCAUAUUGUGACAAGCAUGAAUGAAAAUAUAACCUGUUUGGCGACGGUAAUUAAUCGAAGGGCUGGCUAGUGUGUCCUUGGCUCGACAGACUGGUGUUUAUAUAUAAGCAGGUUUUUCUGUGACAGUUGUAUUACAGUUUCUCUUUUUCCUGUUUGUAUGUAGCUGGUCUCUGAAACUGUCAAGAUCUUAGUUUGCUCUUGGAUAUGUUUUAAAUACCAUGUUUCUUUUUAAUUUUGUCUUCUUGGUGGAAAGUACUUUUUUUUUUUUUUUUUUUCUUUUUUUUUCCCCCGGUUGUGUAUAUAAGCAAUAAAAAUUGACUUGUUCUUGGUUAUGUCUUCUGCUGUUGAGUAAUGGUGCUGGAUGGUUGCAGGAGUGCCCAUUAAACAUUUGUUUUGACAUGA